AUGUUUAGGCUUAUCGCCACUAAUACCCAGGCGAAUUUAAGGCCUGCCCUUCUUAGGAAGGUCAGAGGCAACACUUCUGGUCUCAAAUUUGCCCCUACUGUUACAACCGAACCUAGCUCUGAGUUCAAGAACCACUAUGCCAUUCAAAUAUCCCGAAGCAACAGCACCAAGAACAGCGUGGCUCUGGAAAGUUCGUUGAAGAUUGAAAAUAACCUUAAGUUUGAUCAAGCUUUAAAGGACUCUGCGCCAACAACUACGCCAGUGGAAAACGAAGUGAAUGCUGGUCCCGAUGAGAAGACUCAAGAUUUGCUUCAACAGUUCGCUAAUGCUCUAGAGAACACUAGCGAUUGCAGACGUGUGUCCCAGCAGUGCUCGAAGGCUUUACAGACUUUGCAAAGACUCUAUACCAAUGAUGCUGUGAAAGCUCACCUUAGCACCGACCUCUUGUCCAGCUACGCCCACUUCCUUAAUCACUAUACCAGGGCAACUAGAGUUCACCGUCUUUCCUCGAAGCUGGACCGUGAUACCGAUCAUUACGAGAAUAAGUCUUUGAACAAUGACAUUAUGUUGAAAGCCGCCGUCAUGGAUAUUCUCGAUGGUAUCUUGACGGGCAAAAUCAAGUCUCCUUUGAACUUGUACGGUCUUAGAGACUACUUCAAGGCAUUGCAUCAGUGUGAAAACUACAAUGAACUUGUAGAGCUCUGGGAAUACGGUGUGAAUGAACAAGAUGAUGCCAGCUCUCUAUAUUUGGAUCAAAAUGUCUUGGCUAUUGUCUUGCCUGUUGCUUACAACAUCAAGAGAUUCUCGUAUGAAGACAUUUCAAAGAUCUAUGAUUACAACACAAAGGGCAAAAACAUCUCGCCCUCUCUACUCACCUCCAUGGGUAAGAUUGCAAUCCUUGCAGGAGAUAAUCCACGUGGUUUGGAUAUGAUGGAACAGCUCAUGAAAUUAUACGAAACUGAGGCUGUGCCAAAGUAUGUUUCAUUCUUAUCAUUGAGAGACUUGCAUUUGAACUUCAUCGGACAUUGUCUGGACACCAAGAUUGCAAAGCACUUCUUUGACAAGGCUGUCGAGUUUGCAUUGCCUUACAAAGUGGUACUCAAGGCUCCUCAUGCUGCUAGUAUGUUGAAGAACUUCCACGAAGCCAAAGAGCCUUUCAAGAGCAUCACUCACUAUUGGUUGACCACUGUGGAACAUUACAAUCAGGACAUUAGCACGCUUUUCCUUCGUUCAAGAUACACCAUUUUAAACAACCAGCUUGCUGAGAUUUUCUUCAACACAUAUCCAAAUUAUAGUGAGGAGGGACUCGCAGAGCUUGAACACCUUAUUUCGGAAUAUUCAAAGAUCAGACCAGUUGAUGAAACCCUUAUAAACGCUUUCGUUACUCGCUUCACGUGGAAGAACAAGGAGGCUUUCCAGAAAUUAAUGGACACAUACUUCACUUACAAGGUUGAGCGCAGUCCUGUUGCCAACAGAGUUUGUUUGAAGAAGAUGGGAGAGAUUGAAGCUUUCAGUAACGAGGAAAUCUUGGAGCAGUGGAACAAAUCGUUGAAGUUCUUGGACAAGGAGCGUUACAAGUACAUUCCAAUUGCCGACUGGGCUUCCUUGCGUGACUCUACCAUCACUAGUCCUUACGCUGACGCACGUACCUCGUUCUACUUGAAGGUAUUAGACACAUACAAGAACUAUCAUCAAGAUGACAGAGCUUGUGUGCGUUUUGCCAGAUGGUGGGUACCAAGACCACAAGUCAAUGUUGUCGCUGAGUUGUCUUUGAAUGACCAGUUUACUCCUGACAGCGACAUAGACAUUAAGGUACCUAAGUUCAGAUUCUUAAAGGAAAACGUGGAUUAUAAACUGAUUUCCAAGCCUAUCUUCUUAUCCGCAAAAGGAAGAGACUACUCGGGUAAGAAGAGGCAAUAA